UCAAUGCGAAUGGCGCGCUGCUGCUAUGCUCAUUGGCGUUUGAACUUGGCGUUUCCUUGUGCUGGCACGCGGUCAAUGCCCGAAAUCACUGUGGACAUUCGCGCGCUCGUGCCAAGGCAAAAGCCAGUGGGCGCGUCGGCCCUUGGCGGCGCUGGCAAGAGCCCUCGGACCCGUGCUGGCAUUCCACCAGCUCGGCAGGCUCUGGAGAACCUGAGGUCGCGAGCACUGAGCUACAGCCAAAAACUGGUAGCAAGGAUGCGCGUGCGGCUGCGAGCCCCUUGGCCGCCCACGUCGAGGCUUUUUCUCUCGAGCGGGGCUGGGCGUCGAAAGCGGCUCAGGAUGACCGAAGAGGCACGGGUGCAAGGGCACCCUUGGAGGAGGAGCCUUACGUGUAGCCGAGUCGAGGGGCCCCGCGCCGCGCGGGGUCAGGCCCCGGCCUCGGCGAGGCGCGCCCGCCAGUGGUCCGCGGCCCACAGGGCGCUGCCGUCCGGGGUGUUGCAGAGGCCGGGCCCGCAGCGCGGCCGCCCUGCUCAGAGGAGCAAGGAUCGGGGAGACGUAAGACCUGGGUACGGGGGACUCGGAAAUCCCCCACGAGGUCGUCAAAAA